AUGGCGGCCGUUUCAGCACCUACCCCCAAGCUGGAUCGAUACAUCGUCAUCCACGUUGCAACCACUUGCGACGAACACGGCGUGUAUGUCACCAAGGACUCGGCCGAGGUGAUCGAGUUAGGAUGGAUCUUGUUGGACUCCAAGACUUGCGAAGAACUGCACCGCGAAAGUGUUCUCGUUAAGCCCGUCAAUACUCCAAUCACCCCGCUUUGCACGAGCUUGACCACCUUGACAUGGGAACACGUUCGAACCGCAGGCACUUUCCGGGAUGCCAUCUCUCGAUUCGACGCCUUUGCCACCGAGCACCUGACCAGCAAGCAUCUUGAGUUUGCCUUUGUGACGUUGGACUCGUGGGAUCUGCGGGUGCAGCUGCCCCGCGAAGCCCGCGACAAGGCCGUCGUGCUGCCCGCAUAUCUGCAGCACUCCCGCACCUUUGACCUGCGAACCGAAUAUCAACGCUGGCAGACCCACCACCCCGAGUCGCUGCCCUUCGGUCCCAGUUCGCUCUCCAACAUCUGUGCUGCCCUCGAGGUCGAGCCCGUCCAGUCGUCCGCCCCGAUCAAGCACAACUUGCCCUUCCACCUGCAAGCCUUGGCCCCCGCUUCGCCGCGUCGUGCUAUGGAGGAAUCCGUUACUCUCGCUCGUGUCCUGCGGGGUUUGAUCCGCAAGUCGCAGCCUCCUCAAGAUCACCCGGAGAUCUUGACUCGUCCCAUGGAUGCCCAUGCGGAUGUCAGGGCCUUCUUGGCGGAACGCAGUAAGGUUCUGCACCUGAGUGGCCUGCCCCAUGACACCACUCAGUCUGAAUUAGAGAGCUGGUUCACUCAAUUCGGUGGUCGUCCCAUCGCCUUUUGGACUCUGCGCACGCCAGACCAGCACAAGCCUACUGGUACUGGCUUUGCCGUCUUCUCUUCCCACGAAGAGGCUGCUGAAAGCUUGUGCAUGAACGGCCGUGCUCUCAAUGAGAAGGCAAUUGAGGUUUCUCCCUCCUCCAGUCGGGUUCUCGACCGGGCUGCUGAGAUCCUCACUCCCUUCCCUCCGUCCAAGAACCGCCCUCGUCCUGGUGACUGGACUUGCCCGUCUUGCGGUUUCUCCAACUUCCAGCGCCGCACAGCAUGCUUCCGCUGUUCAUUCCCUGCGAUGGCGGCUGCGCCUGACCCAAUGAACUACGGCAACUACGGCUAUGGUCCUCCGUCGAUGAUGCCCCCUCACAUGGGCCACGGCGGUCACGGUAUGGGCGGUGGUGGUGGCGGUCACUCGCGCGGUAUGGGCGGCAACGGAGGUGUUGUCCCCUUCCGGGCUGGUGACUGGAAAUGUGGUUCUGAAGGUUGUGGUUACCACAAUUUCGCCAAGAACAUUAACUGUCUCCGCUGCGGUGCUCCUCGAUCAGGGGCCGCCGUGGUAGCUGACUCCGCAUUCUCGUCCCCGAUGGACCCGCCCACGCAGUUUAACAUGGGGCCCAACUCAAUGUCUAGCACCCCGGCCCCGGCACCUUUCGCAUCUACUGCCGGUGGCUUCGGCGGUUUUAGCCAGCAGUUCGGUGGGCCUCCCAACAACUACGCCCUGCCCUCCGGCGGUCUGGGUAACAACACCCCCGGUGCAUACCCUCCCAUGGGUCAGAUGAACUCGGGCUACGGAUCAUCCAGCACCUCGCACUCGGCCGCCUCCUUCGCCAACCCGGCUACCCAGGCUGCUUUCACCGGUGCGGACCACGGUGUUCCCUCCACCAGUGCCUCGAACGGCGCCUUCUACGGCUCUGACGGCGCUAGUGACCCCUUCGCCUUCUUGUCCUCUGGCCUCGGUGGUCUGACUGUCUCUGAUGACCCUCACUCCCGUCGCAAUGGCGCCGGCGCCAACAAGUCACCCGCUUAA